GGAAAAUAACCCAACAACGUAGAUGGACGAAAAUAACCCACAUCUCAUUUCUGAUUUCUCAUUCCGUUUCAUAGAAUCUCCUAUUCGUCUCCUCAAUUUUGUAGCUGUGAGAACAGAUCCAUCGAGAAAAAACAUAAAGGAAAAAUGGCUCAGCUAGCUAAAAUCGCCGGCCGCGGCCUGCUCUCCCAGACGAUGCCCUACCACCACCGUGCCGCCCUCGCCUCCAUCCACACCACCGUCCCUUCUCUCGCGGCGUCCUCUGGUUCCGCCCCCACUCCUUACGCCUCCGCCCGUCCUCCGGCGACUUUAUCCCCGGCCGGCCUACCGAAGGCAGCGGAGUACGUGAUUUCGAAGGUCGAUGACCUCAUGAACUGGGCCCGACGCAGCUCAAUCUGGCCGAUGACUUUUGGGCUGGCCUGCUGCGCCGUGGAGAUGAUGCACACCGGGGCCGCGCGCUACGAUUUGGAUCGAUUUGGGAUAAUUUUCCGGCCUAGCCCUAGGCAAUCUGAUUGCAUGAUUGUUGCUGGCACUCUCACCAACAAGAUGGCACCUGCCCUUCGCAAAGUCUAUGACCAAAUGCCCGAGCCAAGGUGGGUGAUAUCCAUGGGAAGCUGUGCAAAUGGCGGUGGUUACUAUCACUACUCAUACUCGGUUGUUCGAGGCUGUGAUAGGAUUGUGCCAGUCGACAUAUAUGUUCCAGGUUGUCCUCCCACUGCUGAGGCUCUUCUCUACGGUUUGCUCCAACUGCAGAAAAAGAUCAACAGGCGCAAGGAUUUCCUUCACUGGUGGACCAAGUAAAUGCUGUUGUCACUUGGCUUUGCAGUCUGGCUCCAUGUUUGCUGAAAAAUAACUAAACUGGUUGUUUGUGUUAAACUAUUUGGAUCUUGUGAUUUGCUGUGUUUUUGCUUUCUGUUGCGACUUGCGCCAAGUGUGACUGACCUUAAGGGCUUUUUUUCUCCUUACUCUAUUUUGUUCCCUUUCUUUGUGCUUUGUACCCCCAAUAUGGAAAUGUAUGGUGAUUGUUUGUCAUGUAUGUGGUUUGUUGAUGGAAAUAAUGGGAGAAAGGACAUUUGGCAAUGCUUAUUGUUAUUUCAAUCACACAGACACCGCAUGAAUGCUAAGUGUUAUAUUGUAUGGGUUUAUGGUCAGGUGAAGAUCUAUCACCUGGCAAGAUAAUUUGGGUAAUGUGAAAGAAUGAAGAUAGUGAGAGGGCAUGGACGAAACACCAGAAUUUCAC